AUGCCAGGUGGAACACUUUGCCAGGUGCAGAAUAUAUCAACACGUACAAAGCGGAAAACAGGAGAAUUGAAAGUUUCAAAAACAACGACCGAUAUCAAGGAUGAAUAUGAGCAAAGCGAAGCGAAAAUUGGGAAUAAAAAUAUAAAGAGUGUGAAGAGGAAUUCAGUACAUACUGAGGAGAAUUUGAAUGAAACGAAGAUUUUAAAGGCGGUACUUCAACAUAAGAAACCAAACGCUGUUGAGGUUGCAGUACAAACGGAUGUAGUAGCUAGCACUGAAUUGCCGAAUCUAACAGCUGAAGAUCUGAGGUCGCCAGAAGUUAGUGCAAAUUAUUGGCGCCGAUUGGCAGAGCGACUGCGUGUCGAAAACGAACAGAAAGCAAAGAUCAAUUUCGAGUUAUCGAUUCGUUUAGCCAAGCUAAAUGAAGAAAUUGCGGAGAAAGAAGAAGAUUAUAUCGCACUUAAGCAUUAUAUUUUUGACGAAGAAAAUGUCGAGUACUUUAGCAACACUCAAUUCAACGAAGAUGAAGAGGCUGAAGAUGAAGGAGAAGAUGAAGAUAACAGUGUUGACUGCGUUGGAGAAAAUUAUAUCAUCCCGCUAUGA